AUGAGUUCAAAGGGUGGAGAUAGUUUCAGAGAUCAAGAGGAGGAAAAACGUAGAUUUGAUUCAUAAAUAUACCAAAUAGAGAAAAAGAUGGAUUCCAAGUAUGAAAAAGGCGAUGGCUCCUCUAAGAAUAACUCUGAAAAGAAUAACUAUGAACUGAUGGAGUAAUAGCUUGAUUUGGAGCUUUCAGAGAGUUCACUUAUGUCCAAAAUGGAAAGGAAAAAACAAUUUGUGGCUAAUAUGCAGGCCAUCCAGGAUAAGAAAUAGAGAUAGUGGUUGAUAAAGCAUGGCAAAGGUUAUCUUCUAGAUUUCUAAGAUCAAUAAAUAAGGAAAUUAAAGGAGUGUUUUGGGUCGCUUGACGGAGACGGUUCAGGCUCAAUAGGUAUAGAAGAAUUAGAGGAGCCAUUGAUAGGUCUGGGCUUUGCUGACACUCGAGAUGAAGUGUAAGAAAUGGUAGAUGCUGUUGAUGAAGAUGGUUCAGGACAAAUUGAAUUUCCAGAGUUUUUGUCAAUCAUUAAAAAUUCUGACGGCAAUGAGAAAAUGGGUAAAAUCAACAAAUUCUUCAAGGAUAUGACAAGUGGACAGCUUGCUGGAAAUGAUCUAUCGUUCAAUUUACUAGUAUAGAAGCUGAGAAGGGAUUACUUAAUGGAUGCUAUUAUGUCAGGUGAUGUGAAAAAGAAGGAGUUUGGAGAGAAAAUUCUGAGAAACGUUAGCAAACAAGUAUAGGCCCAGAAAUUCAAGAAUAAAUUCCAAGGAAAUUCAUGA